GUCCUGGCCAGGACUAUGAAACGUAUUCUCUGGUAGGAUUAGGUAGGGAGUGAUGUAAUCUCUUCAGGUCUUUUUUAGAUGGUUCUGAUUAUUGAGUAAGGGGAGAAGACGAGAGAGGAAAUAGGCGGGGGAUCUUGAGGAAGCACCGCCAAAUAGUAGCCCAGAUGAAGCAGUGGUUAGGAGGAGAUGGAGGAUACACUAUCCAUGCUCAAGGCCUAGAGCAGGGCUCAGUGCAUGAGACUGUGUGGAGUCCAGUCUAAGAUCAGCAGUGCUACAUGAGUGGUGAAGUGGAAGGAAGUGAGAGUGGGGUGAUAGGAGAAAUACUAACCCAGACCAUGCUUUCCCACUCAGCUUUCUGGGAAAUGAGGGCUGUGCACAAACUGGCAUCUACCUGGGAGACCAUGCUUGAGGCAGCUGCUUGUUUUUCCAGUUUUUACUUAGGCCAUUUUUGAGCCCAGGAGGAGUUGAAAAGGAGCAGAUUUCAGAGGAAGGGAGUCUGGGAUUAAUCAGACUUUCCACCCUUAAAAAAAGGGUGGAAAGGAAGGCUCUAGAAGGAGCUCUGUGCUGCAUCGUGUACAGUUUCAACGCCAGCCCCAGCUGGCCAGAUUUUUAGCCUAUUGUGUGGACUUUUAGGGCAGGGGUCCCAUUAGCUUUGGGGGAAUAAGCAUUCACAAUUACCUAUAGGGAGGCUGCUGCCCUGCCUCUGACACAUUCUUGGGUAUGCCCUUGGCAUGGAGGUGCCAUCCUGCCUGGGAGAGCCCCUGGUCCAAGGCCCACAGGCUCCUGAGGAUGGACCAAGUGAGGAGUUAAGAGUGUCAUUGGCCCACCAGCCAGGUUCCUGGGUUCCCCGAUCUCAGCUCCUUGGCACCAGGACUGACAAGGCUCCACCCCCACCAGCUGCUGCGUUAUUUCUGACUCGUCCAGGAGUUAUAAGUAUGUAACCUAAAUCCCUCUGCACCCGCCUCUCUCCUCCAGCUCCUCCUGGAGGAGGCACUGGGCUUUUCUCCCAGCACCUUGCUGCAGGUCAGGCCCACCACUCCUGGACAUAGCUGCUGGCUUUUACAGCUGCCUGCAGGAGCUGUCCUCCAACAGGAGACCCCAGAGCUGGGCUAGGGGGAUGAACCGCGAGGGAGCACCCGGGAAGAGUCCGGAAGAGAUGUACAUUCAGCAGAAGGUCCGAGUGCUGCUCAUGCUAAGGAAGAUGGGGUCAAACCUGACAGCCAGCGAGGAGGAAUUCCUGCGCACCUAUGCUGGGGUGGUAAGCAGCCAGCUUAGCCAGCUGCCACAGCACUCCAUCGACCAGGGUGCAGAGGACGUGGUGAUGGCGUUUUCCAGGUCGGAGACAGAGGACCGGAGGCAGUAGCUGCAAGCCCCUUGGAACACGCUAGAAGCUGUCAAGGGCCAAGAGAUUUGUGUGGCUCCUCGGCUGGCUGAGUGGCAACAGACCACCUCCCCCCUCCUACUGUUCCCCUACUCCACCUACCCCACCCCACAGCCACUCUGACGCUGGCAUCAAGGGAGAUGCCAGUGGUGUGUUUACAAUUGGCUUAAAGGGAUGGACUCGUGAUUGGCUGCAGGAAGAAACCUUUUUAUUUUUAAAAUCUUGACCAAUGGAAACCUUUUAUUUUUAUUUCUGACUCUUAUUUUUUUAAAAAUUUGCGCCUCGGUGUCUGGCUUCCUAGGAAGCACUCCGAGUUCUGGUGCUUUAUUUAGGUCAUUUUUUAGGAAUGUGAAAAAGCCCAAUUGGCUGCUUAAACUGGAAAAGGAUUAUGAUUGGCUGACUAGUGGGAAAUGGCGUUUUCUUUGAUUGGCUGCAGGUGUUUUGUUGAUAUUGACAGCUUCUCUAUUCUGAAUGCAGAAAACAGGGUUUGGGACAUUGAUGGUUAUAUUUGACUUGAAAAAAAAAAAGAAACCAAAUAAGCUUUGCAAUAUUUAUUACACAAAGAGCUUGCUGCUGCCUUCACGUGUUGGAUUUGUGUUUGAAUUUGACUAGCAUUCGAUAUGUGUGUUUGGUUUCCCAUUGGCUCACCCCUGACUCCCGUUGCCAUGGAUUCACCUCCACUCUGCUGCUUAUUUGGGGUCUGGGGGUCCACCUGGAGAUUGCAUGUGCUUUCAUGACUGCACUUGUCUCCACCAGCAAGGGAACCCUAGGGGGUCCCAAGCAGGGUCCCAAGCUAGAAAACAGGGUCCCCAAGGAGUUUUGUGUUGUCCUGAACCAGGAACCCAGAGCUUAGAGGUGAUCAUGAAGAAGGAUUUGUGUGCAUUGCUUCCAUGAGUUGGUAGCCAGACAGUUUUCCUUGGUGAGAAUGGGAUCACUCACUUUGGCCCUCCAUGACCAGCCUGUGCUGAGCAGAGUGCCUGCUGAGAAGCUCUGUCCUCUUGGCCAUCCUUCUGUGUCACACUUCUUGACACCUCUGCUUAGGGCUCUUCCUAGAAAGGAAAGUUGCUGCUCCUAUCUGUAAGACCCCCAAGACCCUGGAGGUUAUAGCAGGUCUCUCCCUGUGAGCCUGGAACCCACACAAAAGCCCCAACCUGUCUCCCAAAGCCCAGGUGACCUUGGUUCCAAACACCAAGCCAACCUACCCAUGCAGGUUCCCUCACUGUCUGCUGCCUGGGCACCUUGUGUUCUCUCAUCAAAGCCUGUGUCCCACUGCACAUCUCCAUGUCAGCCUGGAAGGGACAACACAUGGCAUACUAUUGAAGUGCCACCAGGAUUGCUGGCUGAUUCUUCACUGAGAGGCCCCACUAGGCUGCUAGACUGGACCCCAGAAUUACAUUUCAGAGCAGCUCCUGAUGGGGCUUGGCUCAGUCAGGUAUUGAUGCAGGAGCCCUGAGUCUCCCACCCUGACUCCUUCCCUAGGAGUUUGGAGGAAAGUGGGAGGUAGGAGAAGUCCCUUUCUUGCCCUGAGUACCUAGAGCCAGGAAGACACUCUUGGAGCAUCUUUCCCUUACUCAAGACUUGGGCUCCCAUGUGUCGUGGAGUUCAAUGUCAACGUAUGCUGAAACCAGGCCCUGGGGUACCCAUUGUUGAUGAAUGGUUUGCACCAUAAGCCUUGUUCCAGAAGGAGAAUUUGAGUGUCAUAGCUCAGACUUGAGUCUUCUAGCACACACGAGGCCCUGACUCUGUUAGCUAACAGUAACAUGCUAAGGUCAUUGAUCUUAAGGAGACAAGAAAUGGAAAAUGCAGGUGCAUCCAAUUCCAGCGAGGGUCUGAGACAUCUCUCCUCAGGCUGAAUGGUAUGAGUGCACGCACAUGUGCAUGCAUACACAUUCACUCAUUGCCAGCUCAGUGGCCUGGAGCUACAACUGAGUCCCUGGGCACAGGUGGGGCUUUUUAGUCUCUUCCCCUAGAUUGUAACAUCUGGAAUCAGGUGUUAGCAGCUGCCCUCCCCUCUCUCCCACUUUGUACCUGUAGCUCCCAUCAAGGCCCCAAGCUCUGGGUGAUGAUGGUGUGUUCUCUGUUGCAGCUUGUCCUUAUCAUGAUCACGGCACCCUAGCCUGGCUCAUCUGAAGAAAAAAAUCUGAAGUAUUGCUGUGGCUUUAUAUUUCAACUAAAAAUAUAUUGGAGAACAAAAUUAACAAUAAAGGUUUUUCAUAGCUUGGCAGGUGAGCUGAGCUGGUUUCUCCCUCAGAGUCAGUGCAGUGCUCUGAUUCAUUCCCCAAGUCAUGCUGGGGCCCUUCCCAGGCAGGCACAGGGAGGAGGGAUGACAGCUCAUUUGAUGAGGCUGUGCCCUGGGCUAGAGCUCAGGGUUUUGAGGGAU